AUGCAGCCCUGACAGACGAUUGUGAAAAAAUUUGUGAAAAGUGUUUAUGAGGCCAGAAAAUCAUUAUAAAUAUUUAUAUUAAAGAAUUAGUAGCAUCAAAGUGGUUUCUGAAAAAAGCUAACUCGCGCAGUAAUGGACUUUCGCAACAAGAAUGAAGCUUAUGGCAUUGGCCAGCGUCGUGUGGGAAUCGGUAACUUAAGCGGCUCUGGCCCUGGUGCCGCGUUUUAUGCGCCAAACUUCGGCAACGAUGGUGGUGGCAUCAGCUACCACAACAACAACUUGCAGCUGGACCGCGGCAAUAAUCAAGGAUUCGGUAACAGGAAUUCAAGCCCGGAUAUGGGAAGCAACUUUGCUCGCAGUCGCCCCACAACCGACAACAAUUUUCCCUACAACGACAACAGUCGCCAGCGGGACUUGGAGAUGAUCUCGCGGGAUGCAGGCUCGAAUAACUAUACGCGGGGCAUGGAAAACCGCUCCAACUUCAAUUCCAACAACCAGAAUCAGCGCUACAGCAACUCCAACGAUAACUUUGGCGUUAGCCAGCAGCGUCGAGACUUUGACGACAAUUUCCGAGGAGUUGGCGGCCCCACGGGGCACUUGGGAGAUUCUCGGGAUCUGCCAAGCAAUUUUGGUAACUUUGGCCGCACUGACAGCAAUGAUGCGCCGAGCUUUGUCAAUCGGAAUUCGGUGAGUUCUAACUUCAAUUCCGAUUUUCGUAACUUGGACAACAACUACCGUGGGCCACAGUCGAGCACCAGCUUCGGCGACAACAAUGGGCGCUUCUACAAUGAUUCGCAACGGAGCCAGAAUCGUUCCACUAACGUUGGCCCCUCCAACGAUGUGGCCAACUUUAAUGACAAUUAUCGUGGCGCCCGCUCCCAAAACUUUGGGGAUCAGCAGCGCUCCAACUAUAAUGAUGCCGAUCGCAACUCUUAUGGCGUUGGCGGCGGCGGCAACUUUAAUGACAAUUUCCGUGGCAAUAAUUACGGAAACUCUGGCUCCAAUGUGGACAACUUUGGGCCUACUGGUUCCAGCUUUAACAACAACAUUGGCAUGAAUAAUGUCGGUCCAUCUGGUGGCAACUUUGGUGUCCAGAACAACAGCCGCAACUUUCCGCAGAACGAACGGCGCAGCUAUAACGAUGGCAACGCCCGGUCUUGGAACAACUCCAAUACGCAGCAAUCGUCUUUAUUCCAAGACUUGGGGUAUCAGGCGGUUAACAGCGGCAAUGGCAAUGGCAACGGGAAUGGAAAUGGCAAUGGCAAUCUGUCUCCCUGGGAGGCCAGCCAGAGGGCCUUCAACUCCAAGCGUAACCAGAAUUCACCCAAGAAGAAUCUGAACAACGGCGGCGUCAUCCGCAAACCGGCACCAGCACCAGCCAUUAAAAAUAUUCAAGGUAUUCGCAACAAUCCAAAAACUGUGGCCUUGAUCAGUGCCAAUGCGGCUAGAGUUCCAGCAGUACGGAAUCCCGUGGCUGCCACUGCCAAUCCACGAAUAGCAGGAGCCGGUCCUGCUGCCAAUCCACGCAUAGGAGGCGCCGGUCCUGUUGGCAACGCUCCACGCAAUGCCUCGGGUCCCGCACCCAAUGCCCAACGCAAAGCCGUCGCACGCGUACCUGGAACUGUGCAGAACCAACCAAUGAUUCCUUCACGCAAUCAAAUAAAGCUGCGCAACCUGAGACUCAAUCUAAGGAAGCCCAACAAUAUCGGACCGAAUCAGCCGGGCGCUGUCAUUACCAGUCGGAAUCCGCUGCCAGUCAGAGCCCAGAACGCAGUGCCGGCAAAGGGUCCGACAGUCGCUGGAGCAGCACCACGACCAGGACAAAAGCGCGCGGCAGCAGCCGCUGUAGCCCCAGCAGCACCAGCAGUCGGUUCGCCGCUUUCAAAGUCUGAGAGAAAGUGGCUAAAGGUGGCCCGCAAGCGUGGCUUCCUCAUGGGCGGAUUUAAGCUGCCAUAUAUUCUCAAUUUGGAUCCGAAGAAGCUGCCGCAGUUUGAGGACGAAUCGUAUGCGGUGGCCUUCUUCGAGCAGACCUUUAUCUACAGUACAAACCCAUAUGCCGGUGAGGAGGAGUUCACCGAGGCAGCGGUCGUUAUCAAUGAGGAUUCGGAUGAUGAAGAGCUCAAGGCUGCGCGUAAGAUACACAAGCGUUCCAGGAAACGUCUGCGCUCCGAUUUGGUGUCCGUACAUCAGGCAACCAGCAAAAUGGACUGGCCCAGCUGGUGGAAGGAUCACAAGCCACUUGGGGAGGAGAUCGACAAACAGCUGAAAGCCUGUGGCAAUCUCAAUUUGGAGCACAGUUUCUUGCCUAAUUUCCCGAAGCUAACCACCGCGCAGGUGAUCGAUGCUGUCAUCAAGCAGGCCCACUUUGGCUUGGAGAAGAAUACAGAUGUGCCCUUCGACACCAUGAAGACGAUUUUCACGCUGAUGAAUCUAACCUUUUUGGAGAACCUGACGGACGCGAACAAGGAGGAAGUCCAAAACAUUAUACGCAACAUACCCAAUGCCCUUUGGGUACACAAGAUGCGCACCAUGAUCAAUCUGUGGGCCAAAUACAAGCAAGUGUCGGAGCCAUCGACAGCCACAGAGGCUGAGGCCAAGGAGGAGCAUAACCGUCAGCAGCAGGCCACGGCCCGUGAAUGGAAGAGUCCCGGCUUCCACUGGGUGGCCAAGCAAGCCUUUGAUGAACUUGUGUCUAUUAGCGCAGCCGAGUGGAAUGAGCACACCACACUCUUUCCGAAACUAGAUUAAUCCCAAUCCCAUACCAUCCACACACAUCCCGACACUGACAAUGACACUUAUCCAAAACUCAGCAGAGCAGAUUCACUUGCUUGCAUGCAUUCAGAUUGUACGAAUGAAAUUUACAAACAUGUAUUCAUGAAAAUCCUAUGAAAACAAUAGGAAUUAGCUUGUAAUUAGAUCAGAUUGAUUGAACAAAUAAAAUACCGACCCAC